GCGCUUCGGCUCAAGCCGUUCUUACUUAAUGGGCUCUGAGGUGCUCUCAGGCUUUGAGGUGGUGCUCGCAGCCCUCGCGGUGCUCAUGGCCAUUGGCGUGGGUGCCGAGGCCGUCGAGACCAAAACCAUCCGGGGCGCCGUGGGGGCCGUCUCAGUAGGAAAGGACUUGAAACGCAUUUCUUUGCGUGAGUGUCGCCGCCAGGUCGCUUUGAAACUCGGUUUGCAAGAGCAUGCUUUGGACCAACGCAAGCACGAGUACAAGAGCCUGACAACCGAGGUCGUUUCGGAAACGCAGCCCGACCAGGACGACGCGUCGCCUCUGGAGACCGUGUUGGCUGAGGCCGAGAAGCCGAACUCGUUGCAGUGGGUCUACUUGGAGACCAUAUCGCGCGUCCUGGACGCGACCCUUCCCGACGGCCGCCAGUGCCGCGAUCUUGGCACGAUGAGCCGGGAGGACAUCGGAAAAGCAGUGGCCGACGCAUUCAACAAUCCGAUUCCGACUGGGCCCGCGGGCGGCCGCCCUAGGAAGGCGCCGGGCGGCCAAGCGCUCGUGUCCAUGGCGGUGGUGUUCCAGGAGAAGCACAAAGACGGCGCGAUCCAUUUCCACGCUGCUGUGAAGCUGACCAGGUCGGGCCGUUUCCAGCAGGCCACGCGCGCUCUGCGUGAGCGCCAUUUGUUGCCGAGCCAUUUCUCUGGUUCCCACCGGCGAAUGUGGGGCGCCGCGAGGCACGGGCGCAUGGAGACCCCAGCCAAACCAGAUGUCGACGACGCCCCGUGGGCGUGGCAGCCAGACUGGGCCGGGUUCGCGCGCGAGAACGACGCCAUCGACCUCUUCGAGAUGUCGCAGGGGCCAUGCGUGGCAGGCGCGUGGGCGAAGCGCCGGGAGGCCACGGACAAGGCGGCCGGGGCGACGGGCGCGAUGACGACGUUCGACCUCGUAGACUUGACUUCGACCAUCAUCGCCAAGCACUUGUGGACGAAGGACAGCCUGAUGGCGCGCGUCCAGGACCGCGGGGCGAAGGCCAUGCAGCGGUUCGUCCGCAGCCGAGUGCGCAAGCUGACGGCGGACCUGGAGGAGACGAAGGAGUGGGCGUUUGCCCGCGAGAACGCGGCCUUCGAGGCGGUGGACGAUUGGGCGCUCGUGCGCCGCUGCGCUGAGGAGACAUGCCCCCAUGGCCCGGCGUGCUCGUGCAGGUCAGCCGUGGAGGCCAUCUUCUCCCGCAGCGCCGCUUUUUUCGACGUUCGGGAGCUCGCGGCGUCUCUGCGGGACAUUCUGAUGGUCGGCCCGAAGAAAACGACGAGGGCGCCCUUCCUGGGAGAUAUUUACUGCGGCCCGUUGGUUGUUACUGCGGCCCGGAAGAGCAGGGUGGUUUACCCUUUCGACGACUUGUUCACUCCGAAACGGGUUCUGCACAAGCCUGCCUUGGGCUCCUCCUCUGGACUCCGGAACCUGGCCAGCGGCACGAAGCGUGUCAUCUUCUGGGGCGACUUACGGCCGGUUGAGUUCGCCCGCGAGAAGACCGCCCCCGUCUCUUUGUUCUUGUUUCUGUUCGUCGGCCAGCACGCCGAGAUCCAGGUUUCCCAGUCCUUCAACGACGGGAACAAGGACGUCCGCUGGGACCACGGCGCCGUUUACACGGGCAAGCUGGAGGGCCUCUGGGAGACGACGAAUAAGGUGGGUGCGGAGGACAUCCGGCACAUGCAGAACCGCGCGAGGCAUUUCCCAUUCACCUCCGUCUUGUCGGACGGCUCUUUGCAGGACGUACUCUCGUGUGCUCCGUGCAUGACCGCGUGGAUCGUCCGGGGGGCGGCAAAGUUCGACGCCGUCGGCGUCCUCCGCCCGGCAGACGCCUUGCUGGCGGCUAUCCGCGCGACGGGUGCGGUUGCCGUGGACGAGGUGCUCCCCGCGGACUGGGUCCGUCUGAAUUCGCGGGCCUUGCUGCUCCCGCUCCAGAAGCGCAGACUUCUUGGGCACAUCGGCUCUCCGGCAUGCCAGGCCCUGAUCCUGGCGCCCACGCGCGAGCUGGCCAACCAGAUCCAGAAG